AUGGCAGAAAAUAUUCUCCAAAGGGUUGACCUCUUGUCUGCGAUCCUGGAGGCUCACGGCGGAGAAGCUCGCUUCAAUGAAAUUAAAUCUAUUGAGGCCACCUUAAACCUUUCAGGCUUAUUAUUCGACUCCAAGGGUUACCCAGGUCACCGCCAACUAACAAUUACUGUUGAUCCACAUUCUCCUAAGACCUUUUUUAGAGGACUGGGACAUAAUGUUGAUGAGCUCUGGGCGUACAGCCCAAAGAAGGUCUGGACUGAGAAUGCUGACGGCUCAGUUAUUCAAAGUCGGGACAGUCCACGCGCGGCUUUUGUUCACUUAAACUCGGAGUCUACGUGGGAUGACAUGCACUUCCUGUACUUUGUUGGUUAUGCUCUGUGGAAUUAUCUCACAGCACCCUUCCUCUUCAAUUGGCCCGGGUUUCUCACUCGGGAACUGGAAAACCACGUCGAGAACGGUGAGACGUGGCGAGUGUUGGAAGUGACCUUUCCUGACGAUAUUCCAACCCACAAUAAAAUCCAGCGAUUUUAUUAUGACAACAAAUUCAUGCUGAGGAGACUUGACUAUGCACCGGUGGUCCUGGGCGGCGGAAAUGCGUCACAAUAUAUGUUUGACCACCAAACUAUCGGUGGUUUGGUAUUUCCAACUCUCCGUCGAGUGGUUCCUGAAGCUCUGAGUGGUGUUUUCGGGCCAAGGCUUGUGUUGAUGGAUUUUUGCGAUAUAACUAUCAGACAGCAUCUCUGA